AUGAAGGAGAAAAGAUCCCCCACAUCUGCCCCAUGUUUCUUGUCGCUUGUGUAUAAAAUACGGAGAAGGAACCUCAGAGUUUGGGUUCAGAGCUUUAGAUCUUGCACUGACAGCAGACGGGGACACAGCAGCCGGACUGGGAGCAGCAGGGUUUGCAGCAGCUGGACUGGGAGCAGCAGGGGACACAGCAGCAGGAUUGGGAGCAGCAGGGCUUGCAGCAGCUGGACUGGGAGCAGCAGGGCUUGCAGCAGCUGGACUGGGAGCAGCAAGGCUUGCAGCAGCUGGACUGGGAGCAGCCACAGGAGCCACAGCCCCCCUUGCAACCCCCACAGGAGCCACAGCCCCCCUUGCAGCCCCCACAGGAGCCACAGCCCCCCUUGCAGCCCCCACAGGAGCCACAGCUGGAGCAGGAACAGGCUGGCACACAGCAGCACACGGGCUUGCAGCAGCACACGGGCACACAGCAGCCCCCACAGCUGGAGCCACAGCCCCCACAGCCGGACCCGCAGCCCCCACAGCUGGAGCCACAGCCCCCGGAACAGCCACAGCAGCUCAUGGUUCUGGUGGGUUGAGAGUGGAUCAGUGCCUUCCUACUGGCUCAGCUUUGCCGUGGUUGGUUGGUCAUGCGAACAGGACGCCAGGACCGCACUGCUCAGUGAGUUUGGCUACCGGCUCGAGGCCGUGCUCUCCGAUAGUUUCUGGGUCUUCUCGGUGUCUUGA